AUGACGAUGGCAACAUACGCUGCAUUCACAAUAAAGACAACUUCAUGGCGUACCAAAUUUCGUAAAGAGGCAAAUCAAGCUGAUAAUGAGGCUGCAACAGUGGCAGUGGACUCUUUAUUAAAUUUUGAAGCUGUUAAAUACUUUAAUAAUGAAAGAUUUGAAACUGAACAAUAUGAUAAGGCCUUAAAUAAAUAUGAAAAGGCCUCUCUCAAAAUAGCAACUUCUUUGGCCCUUUUGAAUUCUGGUCAAAAUUUCAUUUUUAGUACUGCCUUAACAGCUAUGAUGGCUUUAGCUGCUCAAGGAAUUGUUCAAGGAACACUAACUGUUGGUGAUCUGGUGAUGAUUAAUCAACUUGUAUUUCAACUUUCAUUGCCUUUGAACUUCCUUGGUUCAGUUUAUAGGGAAUUACGACAAAGCUUGAUUGAUAUGGACGUUAUGUUUAAUUUAAAAUCCAUGAACAUCACUAUCAAGGACACGCCUGACGUGAAACCGCUCAUUGUCCAAGGAGGCGAAAUCAGAUUUGAAAAUGUAAUUUUUGGAUAUCAUCCUAAACGUCCUAUUUUGAAUGGUGUUAAUUUUAUUGUUCCAAGAGGAAAAAAGGUAGCAAUUGUAGGACCAAGUGGAUGCGGAAAAUCGACCAUAUUACGAUUACUAUUUCGAUUUUUUGAUCCCCAAUCUGGAAAUAUAUAUAUUGAUGGGCAAGACAUUAAAAAGGUCACUUUGGAAAGUUUAAGAAAGAGUAUUGGCGUGGUUCCGCAGGACACCGCUCUUUUUAACAACUCCAUUUAUCAUAAUAUAUUAUAUGGAAAAAUUGAUGCCACUUCCAGUGAUGUAGAAAAUGCUGCAAAAAGGGCUCAAAUUCAUGAUGUAAUCCAAUCAUUACCCGAUAAAUAUAAUACUCGUGUCGGUGAACGUGGUUUCAUGCUUUCAGGAGGUGAAAAACAACGCGUAGCCUUAGCAAGAACAAUUUUAAAAGACCCCCCAAUACUCUUUUUUGAUGAAGCAACUUCGGCGUUAGAUACUCAUACUGAACAGUCAUUACUUACUAACAUAAGAAGCAUACUUCAGGAAAAGAGCAAAACAAGCAUGUUUCAUGGUACUCAUGAUGGCCUUCUACAAAAAGAAGGUAGUCUUUAUGGAGAUAUGUGGUAUGCACAAGAGAUGUCAGAUCCGAUAUUUGAUGAAGAAUAUGGCGAAAACCCUGAUUCAACGGAUAAAAAAUAA